AUGCCGCCGAGAUUAAAGGGAAAGGCACAAUGCCGUUGGAGCAUCAGAUUCAGAGACAAGGAGCGCGGCGGCCGUUCGAACUUCGAACUGCCCUCCUUCCUAUGCAUAUGCAUGCUCCCUCCCGCCGCCGCAGCCGCAAUUCGCGCCACGGCGGGCUCGCCGCGGGCCGUACGCCGCGUUCACGCGCGUCUCCUAAAGGAGGGGCUCGCGGACCUCCCCUCCGCGCCGGCGCUCCUUGUGUCCGCCUACGCAAGGUCGUGCCUCUUCCCCGACGCCCGCCGCGUUUUCGACGAUGCGCCGCGCCGGGACCUCCACCUCUACUCAGCGCUCCUCGCCGCGGUCUCCCGCUCCCCCACACCCGCGCUCGCGCUCCCGCUCCUCCGCCGCAUGCUCUCGGAGGACGCGCUCCGCCCGGACCACUUCGUCCUUGCCUCCCUCGCCAUCGCGGCCUCCAGGCUGCGCAGCCUCCGCCUCGGCAGGCAGCUCCACGCCCACUUUGUCGCCUCCCCGUACAGCGCCGACGACAUCGUCAAGUCGUCGCUUGUCGACAUGUACUGCAACUGUGGCGUCCCUCAGGAUGCCCGGAAGGUGUUCGAAAGUAUCGGUGUCAAGAACAGUGUCGUGUGGACUGCGCUGGUUUCCGGGUACGCGUCCAACGGCUGCACCGGCGAGGCGAUUGAUCUCUUCCGGAGCAUGCCUGCACGCGGUCUCUUCACGUGGACUGCGCUCAUCUCUGGGUUUGUCAAGGCCGGAAACAAUACUGGCGCUGUCGGGCUGUUUGUUGAGAUGAGGCGGGAUGGUGUCAGGAUUGAUGACGCUUUCGUGCUGGCGACUGUUGUCGGUGGCGCCGCAGACCUGGCUGCGCUUGUGCUGGGCAGACAGCUGCACGGUUUUGCAAUAAGGCUUGGCUUCCUGUCCAGUAUGAUUGUUGGGAACGCACUGGUUGACAUGUACUCUAAAUGCAGCGACAUACACUCUGCUAGGGAAGUGUUUGAGGGGAUUACAGUCCGUGACGUCAUCUCGUGGACGACAAUUCUUGUUGGAGAGGCACAGCACGGUCGAGCUGAGGAGGUAUUGGCUCUUUACGACAGGAUGCUUCUUGCAGGGAUGAAACCCAAUGAGUCAUGCUGGUCUUAUUUAGAAAGGGCGGCAGCUAUUGAUUCAAUGAAGCGGGAAUAUGGCAUCAAGCCUGGACUGCAACACUAUACCUGCUACCUGGACCUUGUUAGUCGCCCGGGCUAUUUAUCAGAAGCUGAAGAACUCAUCACUACAAUGCCAUAUGAGCCUGAUGAAGCUAUUAACUGCAAGUGGGAUUCAGUGGCCAAGGUAAGAAAAAUCAUGGCUGAGAUGGAGAUAAGAAAGGAGCCAGGGUAUAGCUGGAUUGAAGCUGGGAAGGAAUCUCGUAUUUUUCAUGCUGGGGAGGUUCCCCUUGAUGUUGGAGAAGAAAUUACUGGUUUUCUUGAGGAACUGGUCUCAGAGAUGCGCAAGAGGGGUUAUGUCCCUGAUACUAGCUCUGUGAUGCAUGACUUGGAAGAGCACGAAAAGGAGCAGCAUCUGUUCUUGAGAGGCUGGCUGUAG